AUGGAUGGAAGGAGGAGGUUUCGGGAAGAAGGCUUUGUGGAAGAAACUAGGGGGUUUGUGCCACAAGAGAAGGGGAUGAGAAAACCCAAGAUAGACUUUCCCAAGUUUAGUGGUGGAGACCCAUAUGAAUGGAUGGAUAAGGCGGAACAAUACUUCGAUGUGUAUGAGGUCCCAAGAGGAGAUAGGGUCACACUUGCUAGCUUCCAUCUUGACGGAAGGGCUAGUAGAUGGUGGAGGUGGAUCCGGGAUCUCUAUGAGAAAGAUGACAAAAGACUUGGAUGGACGGCCUUUGUAAAGGAGUUUAUGUCACAAUGGGAACCUUCUCCCGUUGUGAACCAUCAUGGCCAACUAGCCAAGUUAAAGCAAGAAGGAAAAGUGCAAGCCUACAUCGACGAGUUUCGGCUACUCCAAACUAUGGUGAGUGGGUGGUCCGAAGAAGCCCUCCUAGGCACUUUUCUUGAUGGGUUGAAGCCGUGGCUAUCCAAAGAAUUGAAACUCAAACAACCUACGCGGUUUCAAGAGGCAAUGAGAAUGGCGGAAAUCUUGGACCAAAGCUAUGGUCCCGAAAGAAGAAUGACAAAGGAAGGCUCCCAUUCCAAGGCCACCAUGCCCUUGCCACCAAAAGGGCCUUGGAAGGGAAAGGAAGAAGCCGGAAGAAGCCACAAAGAUCGGCCCCAACAAAUCAAGAAGUUAUCAAGAGAGGAGCUCCAAGAUUAUGUCAAGAAGGGCCUUUGCUUCAAAUGUGGAGACAAAUGGAGUCGGGGCCAUCAAUGCAAGUCCGGCCAAGCCUUUCUUCUUGAUGUCGGCUCCGAUGAGGAGGAAGCCACUACGGAAGCUUCGGAGGAUGAUGAUGAGCAUGAAGAUGAAGGAAACUAUAGCCCGAAAGAGGAAGAGGCCGAGCUUUCUUUGCAUGCCUUGUCGGGGGUGCAAAGACCGUCCACCAUGCGCUUGAUGGCAUGGGUGGGCAAGCAUGAGGUUUCUCUCUUGGUAGAUAGCGGCUCUUCUCACAACUUCAUCAACUCCGGCAUUGUGAGGAAAGUUGGCUUGAAGGGAGCGGCGGUAGAACCCUUUGAAGUCAAAGUGGCAAGUGGAGAAAAGCUCCGAUGUGAGGAAGUAGUAAGGGAUGUUUGCAUGAAUAUCCAAGGGGUGAGAAUCAAAGCCGACCUACACAUCUUGCAACUAGUCGGCCUUGACGUGGUGUUGGGGAAUGCAUGGCUUCGAAGCUUGGACAAGGUGCUAACCGACUAUAGCACCAUGACCAUGGAGUUCAAGAUUGGAGGACAAAAGAAGAAAUGGACCGCCAUGAGCAACAAAGAGGUGCGGUCUUGUGAAGCCAAUAUGUUAGAGAGGCUAUGCAAGGGUGGAGCAUCUUGCUUUGCCAUCUUGAUGACCGGCCAACAUUAUGAAGGAAGCCACCAAGAAGAAGAUGAAAUGAAGGGGGUUCCUCCAAGAAUCCGGAGCCUACUUGAAGCCCAUCAAGGAGUCUUGAAGGUACCCACUACCUUGCCGCCCCAAAGAAGUUUUGAUCAUCCCCUCCGGCUCAAGAAUGAAUCGACACCGGUGAACGUCCCACCCUACCGGUAUGCCCACUUUCAAAAAGGGGAAAUAGAGAGGCAAGUGGAGGAGAUGCUCAAGCAAGGUUUGAUCCAACAUAGCACUAGUCCUUUUUCUUCUCCGGUGCUACUUGUUAGAAAGAAGGAUGGAACUUGGAGAUUUUGCACCGACUAUAGAGCCUUAAAUGAAGCCACCAUCAAGGAUCGAUUUCGCAUUCCCACGGUGGAUGAAAUGCUAGAUGAGCUUCAUGGCGCGAAGAUCUUCACCAAGUUGGACUUGAGGUCCGGAUACCACCAAAUCCGGAUGAAGAAGGAAGAUGUGCACAAGACGGCGUUCCGAACCCACUCGGGACAUUAUGAAUACCUUGUAAUGCCAUUCGGCCUUUGCAACGCACCCUCUACAUUACAAGCUACCAUGAAUGAGGUAUUUCGGGCCUACUUGAGGAAGUUUGUUUUGGUAUUCUUCGAUGAUAUUUUGGUCUACUCUCGGACCAUGGAGGAGCAUGAGGAGCAUCUUGGAGUGGUGCUCCGCCUUUUGGAGAAGCACCACUUCUAUAUUAAAGCCUCCAAGUGUGCAUUUGCCCAACCGGAGCUAGAAUAUUUGGGCCACUUCAUUUCGGGAGAAGGGGUAAGAGUUGACCAAAGGAAGAUUGAAGCCAUGGUGGAUUGGCCACUACCCAAGAACAUCUCGGCCUUGAGGGGAUUCUUGGGAUUGACCGGCUACUACCGAAGAUUUGUGAAGAACUAUGGGUUGAUUGCCAAACCUUUGACCGCCAUGUUGAAGAAAGGAGAAUUUGAAUGGACCCCGGAAUCAAGAGAAGCCUUUGACAACUUGAAGAGGGCCAUGACACAAACACUAGUCCUAGCUCUCCCGGACUUCUCCAUCCCAUUUGAAGUCUACACCGAUGCUAGUGGGGAUGGCAUUGGUGCGGUUCUAGUGCAACAAAAGAGACCCUUAGCCUUUCUUUCAAAAGCCUUGGGGCCCAUGAAGAAGGCUUGGGGAACAUAUGCAAGGGAGCUACUAGCACUUGUGCAUGCCGUCAAAGUAUGGAGACUUUAUUUGCUUGGAAAAAAGUUCACCAUUGUUACCGACCAACAAGCACUAAGGCACCUCUUGGAGCAAAAGAUUGUGACCCCGGAGCAACAAAAAUUCUUAGUCAAGUUGCUUGGCUUUGAGUAUAAUAUUGUAUACCAACCCGGGAAGGAGAACAAAGUGGCGGAUGCACUCUCAAGAAAAGAAGGAAGUCCCAUGCUAUUGAUGGCCGAAGGAGAAGAGCCAACUUCCAUGGCUCUUAGUGGGAUUGUGUUAUGGGGGAAUUGA